AUGCAGUUGCAGUUCUCGGUCUCCUACUCGAUUAUGCGGUUCGCGGUCGCGUUAAAUUCGGCUGCGGCUUGUGAAGAGUUUCUAGAGAGCGAAGACCCUUUAAUAAUUGCUUGCCAACUACGAGCAGAUGAGGAAGCAUGCAGGUCUGGCAGACUACCAAGUCUGCUGGCUCUAUAUGUUCAAUCUUUGAGUCCUAAAAAAGCAGACUUAGUUGGAACUCAACUAUGUCCUGAGACCGCCAAAUAUUCUCGUUCUAUCAAGAUGGUCCAGUAUUCUGGGAUUGUCGGAAGUAUCAAAGCAUAUCUGACGCACAUGACUCACGAGCAUCGACUCGAAGAUCUGCCAAGUGUUGGAAUAGAGAAGCCAAGAUAUCAUCCUUCAACAGAGGAUUAUGAAACAACCUUGAAAGUCCUGGACUCCAUCAAGAAUGAAGACGGGUUUAGGAUCAAGGCGUCGACGUCCUUGGAGGACAUUGUCAGGACAUUGGAAGAGUCUCUGAAGAAUUCUUCUUUUGGUCACCAAGACCAUGUACCACGGGCUCCACUCAGAGAGUCUAUGCAGAUUACCAAGUCGCAGAGAAAAUGUUAUAUUUGUCAAUUCUGGCUCGUCACCCCGCACCCUCAAUAUCAGUCUCUGUGUAAGGCAUGUGGAGAGUUCAACCUUGCUUCAUCGAAUCUAUCACUUCCAUCAAACUUGCGACUCGUUGGCAAAACGGCUUUGGUGACUGGAGCAAGAAUCCAUCUGGGCUUUCACACAGCACUUCGAUUGCUGAGGAGUGGUGCAAAGGUCAUCAUAUCCUCGCGGUAUCCACGGAAUGCAGCGUUGAGAUACCUGGCAGAGUCGGACGCUGGGAAUUGGCAUGACUCGUUGAAAAUUAUCGGGGCAGAUUUCCGGGCUGCCCGAGACGUCUUUCAGCUGGUUGAAUGUGUGAAAGGAAUUUUGAAGCAAUGGGACUUUGGUGGGGUCGGAAAACUGGAUAUCUUGGUCAACAACGCCGCUCAGACCUGGACUGACUCUAUUCAGAAAGAGCAAGAAGCGAUUGAGCAGGAAGAAAUGUUAUACCUGGAAAGAUCAGCCUCCCAUUGCGGGGUCCUUGUUGCAUCUGAUUAUGUGCCUCGCGUCAGAGGAGGAACCCAGGAGUCAGAACCUCUGAUCACUUUGUCUCAGCUAAGGGAGCAAAUUGUAGAGGCUAUCCAUAACACGCCAGAUGGGGAUAACAUGGUCGCAAAUCUACCAAUAAAUGGUCACACGUCAAUGGCAGUCCAAGACGCAAGCGAUAAAUGCUCGUGGUUCCAAACCCUCCACGAAAUCCCCUACGAAGACAUUAUAUCAGCCCAUUCAGUCAACACCUUUGUCCCAUUAAUCCUCAUCCGGGAGCUACUCCCCCUCAUGGGCACAACACGCUCUCAAUCGCCCCUCCCUCUAUCCACCAAACCCCGCGCCCACAUCAUCAACGUCUCCGCCCGCGAAGGCAUGUUCGAAGCCAACCCCAAAUCCAAACACAAAAACGGACAACACGUACACACCAACCUGACAAAAGCAGCGCUCAAUAUGCUUACGGAAACAGAAGCCUGGCCAGCGUGGCGGGAACGGAGAGUGGCAAUGAACUCUGUGGAUCCCGGGUAUUUGAGCAUGCCCCUGGAGAUGGAGAAGCGGGGUAAGAAGUGUCCGAUUGGGUGGGAAGAUGGGGCUGGACGGGUGCUAUGGCCGGUCGCAGUUGGUGAGAGAGGUGAGGCCGUUUGGGGACGGUUUUUGAAAGAUUAUGGGGCGUACCAUGUUGAUGUUGGGGUUGGACGGUAG